CAGUUGCCUGUUUUAACUUUUGUAGGUUCUUCAUGAUGCCUUCUUCAAACAUCAGACUAAGCCGAAAUUGACAAAUCACGGUGAUUUGUAUUAUGAGGGGAAGGAAUUUGAGGUGAAACUGCGAGAAAUGAAGCCAGUGACAUUGUCACAUGAGUUAAAAGAGGCUCUAGGCAUGCCUGAUGGUGCCCCCCCACCAUGGCUCAUCAAUAUGCAGAGAUAUGGUCCUCCACCUUCUUAUCCUCAUUUAAAAAUCCCUGGCCUUAAUGCACCAAUCCCCGCUGGAGCUAAAUUUGGCUAUGGGCAUGGAGAAUGGGGCAAACCACCUGUUGAUGAAUAUGGACGUCCCCUCUAUGGAGGUGUUUUCGGCUUUGUGCAACAAGAACAGCCCAAUUAUGAGAAAGAACCAGUUGAUAAGACUAAGCACUGGGGUGACUUGGAGGAGGAGGAGGAGGAAGAGGAAGAGGAAGAAGAAGAAGAGGAGGAGGAGGAACUGAUGGCAGAAGAGGAACUUGAAGAUGGCAUUCAGUCUGUUGACAGCCUUUCAAGCACUCCUACUGGCGUUGAAACCCCUGAUGUUAUUGAUCUUCGAAAGCAGCAGAGGAAGGAACCUGAUAGGCCUCUCUACCAAGUAAUUAUUUUUCUUUUUUCCUUACAUUGUUACACCUUAUUUUGAAGGUUUCUAGAUGAAAAAUCUUUCCAUUUCAGGUAGCUUCUUUGCUUGAUUAUGUAUUUCUUUCUACAUUUUAUGCCUGCUGGAUUAUAGAUUCAUUUCAGGUUCAAGAGAUUCUGCCUGAAGUAUAAAGGUUACAAGUCUAUUGGUGCUAGAAACAUUGUAUGAUAGAUUUUUGUUUUAGCUAUAAGGUUGUUGGUAUUUUCAAUUUUGAAUCGGAAUAUGCAAUGAUGAUGUAUACUUGAUAUUUGGUUCAUUUGUAUAAUAAUGUAUGAAUUUCUUGGAUGAUAUAUAAUAUUGUUAUCGUUGAUUUUA